GUGGAGCCGAAAUCGUGGUGGGCGGUUUCCCUGCGUUCCCCAUAUAAACGCGUCUUACUUGAAAACGUCGCCUUUUCUUCCAUCUCUCUCUCUCUCUCUCACGCACAAAAUCUGAAUCUGAUAUCGGAAUCAGAGGAAGCGCCGAUUCAGAUCUAAGAUUCGGUUUCACGGAGAAAAUCGUCGGACGAAAAUGGCGACGGUGUCACCUUUGGCCAAGUACAAGCUGGUUUUCCUCGGCGAUCAAUCCGUUGGCAAAACUAGCAUCAUCACUCGUUUCAUGUACGACAAAUUCGACACCACUUACCAGGCCACUAUUGGAAUUGAUUUUUUGUCGAAAACAAUGUACCUUGAAGAUCGAACUGUUCGUCUGCAGCUCUGGGAUACUGCUGGGCAGGAGAGAUUCCGAAGUCUAAUCCCAAGUUACAUCAGAGACUCUUCUGUUGCUGUAAUUGUCUACGAUGUGGCAAAUAGGCAAUCAUUUUUUAACACAUCGAAAUGGAUUGAGGAAGUUCGGACAGAAAGAGGCAGCGAUGUUAUCAUUGUUCUCGUGGGUAACAAAACUGAUCUCGUUGAUAAAAGGCAAGUCUCUAUAGAGGAGGGGGAUAACAAAGCUCGUGAAUUCGGAGUAAUGUUCAUAGAGACAAGUGCGAAGGCAGGAUUCAACAUCAAGCCUCUAUUCCGCAAGAUUGCAGGGGCGUUGCCAGGGAUGGAGACCCUUUCCUCGACGAAACAGGAAGACAUGGUCGACGUGAACUUAAAGCCAUCGGCCAAUUCAUCUCAGGCGGAGCAACAAAGAGGAGGAUGUGCUUGUUAAUGGAAACACACUUUCUGAAAGAGGAUAGGAAGAAGGAUUUCCCAUCUGAUGGAAUAAGUAAAAUCGUAUAAAAGGUUUGAUUUUGAACUAAAUCAAACAUGAACUCUUGUUUCAUUUCCAAAUACCUUAGGGGGAGGAUGGCUUUGAUGUUCAGUGUAGGGUGAGCGUACUUGCGUUUGAAACCUCGUUGACACUUUUUGUCUUAUGGAGUGUUUUAAUCAUUGUUUGUUUCAAUGA